AGCGCGCAGCUCCGGACCCGCGGUCUCGGCAGCUUCCCCGGGCACCAUGGCGCCGCCGAAAGAGAAUGUCACUAUACUGUUCAAGUUGUACUGCCUGACGGUGAUGACUCUAGUUGCUGCAACAUACACCGUAGCCUUACGAUACACAAGAACAGUGGAAAAAGAACUCUACUUUUCAACCACAGCUGUGUGCAUCACAGAAGUUAUCAAGUUAUUCCUAAGUGUGGGCAUUUUGGCUAAAGAAACAGGAAGCUUGGGAAGGCUGAUAUCAUCCUUAAAUGAAAACAUACUGGGCAGUCCUAUGGAAUUGGUAAAAUUAAGUGUUCCAUCGGUGGUGUAUGCUCUCCAAAACAACAUGGCUUUCUUGGCUCUUAGCAAUUUGGAUGCAGCAGUCUACCAGGUGACCUACCAGUUGAAGAUCCCUUGCACAGCCUUAUGUACUGUCUUAAUGCUAAACCGCUCCCUUAGUAAAUUGCAGUGGUUUUCUGUCUUAAUGUUGUGUGGUGGAGUCACUCUUGUUCAGUGGAAGCCUGCUCAAGCUACAAAAGUACAAGUGGAACAGAAUCCGUGGUUAGGGUUUGGAGCUGUAACUAUUGCUGUAUUGUGUUCAGGAUUUGCAGGAGUCUAUUUUGAGAAGGUAUUAAAGAGUUCAGAUACUUCCUUGUGGGUGAGGAAUAUCCAGAUGUACUUGUCUGGGAUUGUGGUGACUUUAGGUGGUGUCUACAUAUCAGAAGGAACUCAAGUUCUUGAGAGAGGAUUUUUCUAUGGCUAUACAUAUUACGUCUGGUUUGUCAUUUUUCUUGCCAGUGUUGGAGGCCUCUACACUUCUGUUGUUGUUAAAUACACAGACAACAUCAUGAAAGGCUUUUCUGCAGCAGCUGCCAUUGUCCUUUCUACUGUUGCAUCAGUGAUGCUCUUUGGCUUACAGAUAACUAUAACCUUUGCACUUGGUGCUGUCCUUGUGUGCAUUUCUAUAUACCUGUAUGGCUUACCACGACAAGAUACCACAAAAAUCCAGCCAUCGGAGCCAAAAAGUUUGAAAGAGAGACUUAUGAAUGUGUGAUGUUUGUCCUAACAAAAAGCAACAGACAAUGGAAACAACAGACUUGAAAUAACUGGAUUUUUUAAACUUAGCCUUAAGUUAGUCGUGGGAAGACUUGACUUAAAAUAAAAACAGAAGUACAUUGGAAUUAAAUGAAGGGUUUCCACGGGAUGAGAGAUUCCAAGCUGGUGAAGGAGUAUUACAUGUAAAAUAUUUUAUUUCAUAUUGGACUAUGAAGAGCCUAUGUAUCUGCAAAGGAGAAUGAAGGAACCAACCAUUGUACAGAAAGAGGAAAAAAGACUGGUUUCUUGUAUAUUUGAUACCGUAUGUAUCAUGUCAUUCGUGGGCAGAAAUGCCCAGAAGCUUCAGAAGAGUAUUUUGUUGCCAAAGCUCCUUCUUAUACUAUUUUGGCAGUGGAUUUCUGAAAAUGUUGGUCUGAUUUUCCUAGGGAAAGAGAAAUUUUCCUAAACCAACCUGCAUAUCUUCUUGAAUACCAACUGGUUGCUUAUUUCUACUGGUAACUUUAAAAAAGAUACCAAGAGUGGACUGUAAAGAGAAAAAAAAAAUAUCAUACUUCAUCUACACUGAACAUGCUUUGGGCAUUACUUUAGUCCAUUUUGGCAAACUUUACAUAUUACAAGAGUCAAAAUUCACAUUAAGAAGACCAUUUGUUUUCCGCUAUGUCUUGAAAAGCAUAGUUGCAAUAUGAACAUAGUAUGCCCUGACAAAACUGUUGUAAAGUG